UUUUUUCAAAAAAUUGGUAAAGUCGUCGUAAAAUCAAACUUAAAAAUGAUGUAAUUUAAGUAAUGUAAUGUAAGAGGAUUAUUGGGGAGCCUCCUGAAUGUUCAAAAAUGUUUAGUUUCACAAAGCUUGUUAGAUAUUGGUUGCUUGCUGCCUUGUGAACUCAAAGGCCUUUUCUAAAGUCUUUCACAAAAUACGAAAUAACGAGUUGUAGGAUUGUUUGGUUUUAGGGAGAAGAAAGAAUAAUCCAAUACUAAGAUAUCAGAAAUUACCAAUAAUUUAGAAUUAUGUUGGCUGUAAGAUUCUUAUUCCUAUUCGUGAUGGCCCUAAAUAAAAUUGGAAAAACUACCUGCCUGGAGAAUCAGAUGAUUUGGAAGAUUAUUGAGUCAGUCAAAGAAACUGAAUUGUCCUGCUUGAUUGUAACAAUUGAUCUACCUGACACCGAUAUAAUACCAACAAGUGAAAUGAAUACGUCAGUGCUGAAGAUAUCUAAAGAUAUUGAGAAAGAUUCUUUACCCCAAGUUAUCAAGCAGUCUGGGUGUGUAAGAUUUCUUGUGGAUUCAGAGACCAAUAUUCAACUAGCUGAGGAACUCUGUAUCAAACCAACCUCUUGCCUCACCAUAUUCAUGUCAGAUCAACAAACAAGGAAAAUAUCCCUGAAACCUGAAACGGAUCCACAAUUGGUUCGUGUUUUGAUAAUUCCUAAAAAUCCUCAAAUGCAGGAUUUUACUAUUAAGUUGAUCUGCCCCUACUGCAGGGAGAAAAUAAAAUUGGCAAACCUUUGGAAAAGAACCAGAAAUCUUUUAUACCCCAGAUCAAACAUUAAAUGCUGUUUUUACCUAACAGAUCGGGGACAUUUUCAAGUACCAGCCUUUGUAAGACCAGAGGAAGGAAAUUAUGACCCAUCAAAUACUCUCAGAGAUGAAUACAUUAAUGGAAAACUGGUUCCUCAAGCAAAAACAGAGAUGAAUGCAUUAAUGGAGAACUGGUUCCUCAAGCAAAAACAGGAAGUCGAGCUUGUUCCAUUCUUCAUGACAUCAUUAAUGUCUUUGGACGGAACUUAUGAAAAUGUCUUCAUAGGACGGAUGGGAUCCUUUACUGAUGAGAAAUUAGUAUUAAUGUGUCCUGUUCCAGAAGUAAAACCAAAAUAUUUUAAUAUUAUUAAACCCUUUACUAUCUACAUCUGGGCUGGGCUUUUUGUGGCAAUUGUAGGAAGUUCCAUUUUUUUCCAUCUGUUCCAAGUAUUGAGCCAUGAGGAAUCUUUAUUUGGUUUGCACAACUCUCUUUUCUACAUUUAUGGAAUGAUUUUCGGCAAUUACAGGAAAGUGGAAGGUCCGGGUAAAUUUUUUGUUGGAUCUGGGUGGGCAGUAUUCAUUAUGUUUUUUAUAUUUUUCUUCAACAGCAACCUUAGUGCAUACUUAAUCAGUUCAGACUUUAACGAUCCGAUAGAAAGUAUGGAUGAUUUGGUUUACAAAUCAAAUUUGAUUCUCACACUUGCAUCAGACCGACAAUGGGCCCCGGAAAAUGAAAAUUACUACAAAACUCUUGAAGGUCUGGGUCGGUUAAAUGAAGUUGGUGGAGCAAAUGAUUACAGGCAUGCAAACAAGACUCAUUGUAGUGCACACACUGCUUCAUCUGCCCAGUAUGGUGUUUACAGAAACUUGGUAGAUUUUGGAGAACCUAUUGUUAGAAUAGGAAAAGUUGCAUAUAUCUACGGAGGAGAAGGGAUUUCCUUCGCAUGCAGAAAAAAAAAUAAUUUCUGUGAAGAACUUGAGGAGAAAUUUAGACUGGCAGGGGAGUUCGGAAUUUUUAAGAAAAUAAAAUCCAUGUUCAUUAGGAUUUCUCGAGAGAUGAAAACUCAAACUCCACCCAGCGCUCUUGGUCUAGAACACUUCCUUCUAGCCUACAUUAUCUUACUCAGUGGAAUAUCUGUUUCAUGCAUUGUAUUUAUCAUGGAACUUGUCAAACACAUAAAUAAUUAAAUAAAAUAUAAAAGAGUA